GCAUCUCACUGAGCAAAUUGAAGUAUAGGUGAGAUUCUGAAAAGGAAUGUCGGGAGCUAUACAGAAUUGGCGUCCAAUGUCAGAAUGAGCCUCAUAAUAAUUGGGCUUCAAAUUCUCUUUUUAAUUCCUAGAAUUUAUUUUUAUUGAGAUAGGGCUUCAGGCCACACUUGAGAUGUAUGUGGUAUUUAAGCCUGCUAAUUACUUUAUUAUGCGACAUUACAUAUUCCUUAAUAAUACCGAGAGUCGUUCUUUGAUUCCAGUGGAUUUCAAAAACCUUUUCGAGUUUCGUUGUUGGCGAACUCGAGUAACGACUGCCCUUAAUCUUGUGCUUCCAUAGGUGCGUCGAGAAGUUGCUCCAAUUUUGUCUAAUACAAGCUAAGGAUCUACUUUUGUAACAUUUUCAUUACUUUUACAUGAUUGUUAUCACUAAAGAUCAUGUUGUUUCUUGUGAGUCAUACUAUUCUCCAUUUCCUUCUCUCUUCUUCUUUUUCACUCUAUCUCUCUUCUUAAAAAUAAUAAUUAAACAUAAUUUUUCUUUUCCCCUACUCAACUAUUUCCCCACCUCCCUCUAUUUCUCUCUUACUAGAGAGUUCCAGUCAAUGGAGAGGAGCAAAAUUCGUUUUUUGUUCCUCCAAAAUCUUGAACCUCCAAUCCCAAUGGCAUCACGCCCCGACCCGACAUGGAAAUUACUGUAAUCUUCGUACGGUUGCCACAAGUUUUGAUCUUUGUAUACCGUCGAGUUAACGAAUGGUUAUUAUUUUAGACUAUACAACAAACUCCUCCAAAAAAUCAGCGGGAAAGUGAGCAGACACGCGCCUAACUGCUCUUCCCCCCUCCACCGCUGCUCCAAUGAUGCACAUGAUCAUCGACCUCCCCUGACGGUGACGAAAUGGAUACCAACAAUAGCGGCACUCCGGCUGCUUCCUCCGUAGUAACGGUAGACGACGGCGUUUCAUCUCUCAAUCGACCUCCCAGCCACCACAUCCUAGAGAUUACCCUCGUCUCCGCCCACGACUUGGCCCCCGUCUCCAAAUCCCUCCACGCCUACGCCCUCAUCUGGAUCCACCCCAACCGGAAGCGAACCACCAAUAUCGACCAGCACGGCCACACUAGCCCCACCUGGAACAGCAAUUUCUCCUUCAAGGUUGACCGCGAAUUCCUCGCCUCCGAUGACUCCGCCGUCUCCGUCGAGAUCUACGCCGUUUCGUGGUUCCGAGACGUCCUCGUUGGGACUGUGUCGGUGAAAAUCAGCAAUCUCUUCUCUCCGGCGCCGGAAUGGGGCAAGAGAUCCGUGGCCCUCCAGAUCCGCCGCCCCUCGGGGGCUCCUCAGGGAAUGCUCAACAUGGAGGUUUCAUUACUGGACAGCGAAUCAUCUGGAGGCACGUUGCUAGCUGACAUCAUGUCGACGUCAUCGGGAUUCAGGAAAUCGCUAGAACUUGAUAGAAGGAAUGUGCUAGAAUCCGAGAACGGAGAAGAUGCAGAGAAGCAACGUAUCGGCGAAAAAGUUCAACAAUGGCGUCGAUCGAUGAGCCUAGACAUGUCUGGUAUGAAUUGCGAAGAUGCCGAAGAAUUUACUGGAAAUCCGGGCUCCGUCUGCAACGGAUCGACUGUGAACUGCGGCUCGGAAGUUUGCUCCGACGUCGGGCCUUCGGCCUCCAUCGUGGCAGCGGAGAUAGCCAGGAAUCGGCAGCGAUCUUCGAUGCUGACGUCGGAAGACUCAGCUCAGAAAGGAUUAACGCCGAAGAUGGAGAGGUGGAGAAGGGACGCGGCGACAAGGGAAAACGAUGAGAUACAGACGAUGGUUCCAAAGAGAGGGCACUGGCGGCGGAAUUCAGAUAGCAGCGUGUAUUCAUGUUUCGUGUAUGGAUUUCAGUUCACAAUUGUUUGUGGUACAAAGAAGAAGAAAUCUAUUAGUGACGAACUCAGUUCUGAUUAAUCUAGGAUUAGAGUUAAAUGUGUUAGAAACUAACUUGCUCCGGUCUAAACUCUGUAUAUGUAAACGCAAAUUAUACCGUGGGAUGGGCUCACCGUGCGUACAGUGUGCCGAUCCCAAAACGUCGUCACUUUAGCAUGAAACGAACAUCGAUCCAAGCAUCAGAGCAAAAUAAAAACAGAGCAUCAGUACAUGGAUCUUCAGUCUAGGAUGAAACGAACAUCGAUUCACAAAUCAUAGAGCAACAUGGGACUGGAACAUCGAUUAACAUCUAUGGAACUACCGACAUGGUUUGUUGAUGAAUUAGAUGAUGAUGAAGAUGGUAUGAAUAACCUCACACAAACCCUUUGCUUUGAAAGCAGGAAGAUUUUUGCAGAAGCCUCUUAAAAUGAAUUAAUUAAUUCACAAAUGUUUAAUUAUACUCCAUAUUUUCUAUUUAAUUAACAAAUGUUUAUUUAUUAAUUAGUCUGCUAUUUGUUUGCUUUGUUGAUAUUAUAGAGUUACAUUUCAUAUA